GGUCGAACAACGGUUGGAAAAGUAACACUAUGUAACACUGUUUUGGCGAAUGCAAACAUUCCGGUUUGUUGAUUUCUGGGACGUUCAUUCAAAACGCCGCCUCAAUCGAUAGUUAUAAUAAAUAUAUUGUACAUAAUUGUAAUAGUGUAUGCAACGUACAGUACAAUUUAUUCGAAAUCUGAACUCUAAUGAAAAACAUUACUCAACAUGGAUGAAACUUUCUCCGUCAACCUAAAAGAGGUAAAACAGGAUCUAAUCCUGGGUAUUAUUGAAUGCAACAAACGCGGGCUGAUACAAAGUGCGAAAUGGCUUUCCGAGUUGAACCAUGGUCUGGCAGAGGUACAGGUGAAACUGAUUGGUAAGUCGUUUGAAAGUUUACACGCCGGAAUCGCGGAAGAAGAGUACGACGAUUAUGUGCUGGCCAAGAGUUACUUCGAUGUACGAGAGUACGAUCGAUCGGCUUACUUCACUCGAAACUGCAGUUCAUCAGUUCCGAAAUUUCUCCAUAUGUACGCGACGUACAUGUCCAAGGAGAAGAAGCGACUGGAUAAUAUGAGCGACAAUUCGAUUGUGAAUUCCAACAGCCAUGUAAAGGAUUUCUCUGACUUGUUGGCAUCAUUGCGAACGGAUCACGGACAACGAAAACUUGAUGGUUAUUGUCUUUACCUUUACGGAGUAAUUUUGAAAAAGUUGGACUUAAAUCAGAUGGCAAUUCAAAUUUUUGUGGAAGCUAUCAAUGCGACGCCGACGAUGUGGGGAUCCUGGCUGGAACUAGCUCCUCUCAUUACGGACAAAAACAUGCUUCAAAAUCUCAAACUACCGAACCAUUGGAUGAAGCAAAUUUUCAUUGGUUAUACCAACAUCGAACUGUUCCUCAAUGAGGAAGGUAUAAAAAUAUUCGAAAAUUUGCAAACUGCUGGUUUCGGCAAGUGUAUAUUCGUACCGACGCAGCUGGCGAUCGCAUUCUCUAACAAGCGGGACGUGGACAAGUCCAUCGAGAUAUUCCAGCAUCUUCAUGAAGUGGAUCCGUUUCGGUUGGACAAUUUAGAUUCGUACUCCAAUUUGCUGUUUGUUAAAGACAUGAAGACUGAAAUGGCACAUCUGGCUCACAAGGCAGUGGACAUUAACAAAUACAGUCCGGAGACAUGCUGUGUGGUGGGAAAUUAUUAUAGUAUACGAGCCGAUCAUCACAAGGCGGUGGUAUAUUUCCAGCGAGCGCUAAAACUUAAUCCAAGAUACCUUUCAGCGUGGACGUUGAUGGGACACGAGUUUAUGGAAAUGAAGAAUACCAACGCGGCCAUUCAAAGUUACCGGCAGGCUGUUGAGGUUAAUCGGAGAGAUUUUCGCGCAUGGUACGGUCUCGGUCAGGCGUACGAAAUUCUCAAGAUGCCGUUCUAUAGUUUACAUUAUUACAAGGCGGCGCAGCAGCUGCGCCCAUACGAUAGUCGGAUGCUGGUGGCGUUGGGGGAAACAUACGAGAAAUUGGAUAAACCUUCCAACGCAUUGAAAUGUUAUCAGAAAGCGUAUAAUGUUGGCGAUAUCGAGGGCGUCGCACUGUAUAAUUUAGCGCGAUUGUACGAGAAGCAGGAUGAAAUCGAAAAGGCUGUUCCCGCACUGUUGAGGUUUUGUUCCGAUGAAAAAGCAGUAGCCGACAAGAGUUCCCUUUGCCACGCCUACAUGACGUUAGGAAAUUUCUACGAAAAGAAGGAGCAAUUCGAUAAAGCUUCACAUUUUGCGUACAAAUGUUUGGAACACGAGGAGACAAAGAGGGAAGCGGAGGCAUUGCUGAAAACGAUAGCCAUCAAGAGAUCGCUUAAAGCUACUGCUGCUGGGGGAACUGUUGCGGCAGGAUCGGAAACAGCACCAACGGGGGAUGGCAAAGAGAAGCCUUCCGAUAUGGACCUGGAAGAAAUCGAAAUGGACGAGAGUAAUGUGAGCCGGAUGGUUGAUCUGGUGAUGGCCCAGGACGACAUGCUAGUCGAGAAUGAAGAGCCCGAGUUCCAGCUGGAACAGGCAGCGGAGCUGGAAAAUUCUUCACUUUCUAUCAUUAUGGAGGAUGGGUCGACCGAAUAAAAUGGAUAUUUUGUUUGGACGUAUCCAUGCAAAA